UCGGGCCCCCUCUCCCGAGCGCUACCUGUCUUCGUAAAACAUCGGGUAUUUCCGGAGAGGCGCUUCCGCGCGGCCGGUCAGGGCGGCGCCGCGCUCGGAAGCGCUCGGGUAUUUCCGUGACCCCUCGCGGGCCGGCGCGGCCGUUGGCGGGCGCGCGGGGCCGGCGGCCGCGAGGGACCGGGUCCGCGGCGGCAGAGCCGCCACCUCGGUGGGGAGGAAUCGCGAUCCCGCCAGGCAGGUGGGAGCAACAGUGGGGAAUUGUGGGGGGAGAGUGCAGAAGGCCGUUGCCGAGCAGGGACUUCAGGGAGCGGUGGCAGAGCUCAGGGAGGGAGUGCAGGAUGACUCAGCAGGGAGCUGUUCUUCAGGGUUACAAUAAUGAACUAGUGAAAUGCAUUGAAGACUUGUGUAUGCAAAGAGAAGAGCUGAACAAACAAAUCCAGCAAGCAGAAGAAGAAAGGAAUAAACUCCAGCAUGAAAUUCAAGUCCUGAGUGAACAGCUGGAGCGUGUAUGUGAAAACCUGGCCCAGAAGGUGGCUUCACGGAAUGAGCUUGAUAAAAUUCUUGCUGAAACUGAAGCUGCUUACAUGAAGAUUUUGGAUAGUUCUAGAACUUUACUUAAUGUCCUGAAGAAGGAAGUGGGAAGCUUAAGGCAUUCACCAGAUCUGAAACCCAAUGUAACGUGAAACAGUUGAAUGUUUGGACUCUACAGUGCUAAAAUUCCACUGGGUGAGAACUGUGGUUAGCCACGGAACCUUACAGCAACAGUAUAAGCGGAAAGGGAUUUUCUUCCAGCCUUUCUGUAUGUUUUAUUACUAUUACUUUUAAAUGCACUAGAAAAUAGAUUAAAUAAAGUUGCUGUUUUGCUUUAAAAAA